AUGUCCGUUCGUUUACUGCAGUCUUCUGGUCUUGGUCGACAUCGUGUUCUCACCGGUGGGAAAGCUCCGUGGGGAGCAGUUUGGCGGUGCAAGGAGCGCGGCUUCGAAGUCUCAGCUCAAGCUGUAGUGGCCUUCUUGAUUCCCUAUUUGCUGUCGACAAUGGUCUCAAUUCUCUCGGCAAUGGUUCCAAUGGCAUUGAUUAGGAUGCUUUUCAACUGCGGCUUUACCGCAGCUUGUUUUUCUCCAAAUUGGGCUGAUGUCAUGCAGAAGAGGAGCUCUUCUUGUGCCACAGAUCAGAUGGUGCGGGACGUGACAGCCAUGAUCGGGAGGCCUGCGACGCUCACGGGCGGCCUGUGGCCGGGCCUAGCUACCGGGACGGGGCCGCGGGUUGUGGCUCUCGGACCAACUUCCGGAUGCAAGACCCGCCGCAUCGGUUCUGGUCCUACUACAGCAAGGGACACGCGAUAUUCCACCCUUUGCUUUACACAACGCAACCCCAAACGAGUCUCGAACAAAGGGUGGCCCCAGUCCUAUCUUGCUUCCUCCAAACCUCAAGCUGUGACGCAAAAGCUUGGUGACAAGCUCCAGUCGAGGGGCAGCGAUGGCGACCAAGAAGGCUCAGCGUUGCGGGAAACAACCUGUCAAAGCCGUACAAUCCUGACCAAUGUCCGGAACUGCCCUCCGUUCUUCGAGACCUUCCCUGUCGAAGCCCAAUGUGCGAGGACCCCGCACAAGAAUCUUACCUACCUGCGUGUCGCUGGCGAUAGGAGGACUACGGAGAUAGCACACGCGCAGCCUCAAUACGCGGCAACACUCACGCCGACACGCCACCCGGACUGCUCUGAAUAUCUUGUGUUCCGCUGUCUCCCAAUAUUCGGUCUCGUGUUUUGUCAUCGUCGUCAGCUGGACGGGCCAAGCAGGACUUCAGGACGGGCCUGUCAUAUCGGCAGAACACUGAGGGGCAUCUUGGGAGGCGCCCGUUGCCGCCGCCCGUUGAUGUACGUUCUUCUCGUUCUUCCUCCCGUUGAUCAAACUAUCAAGGGGUUUCAUUGCUCAAAGCCACUCACCUGGGAGGUCCUCGAAUGGGCUUGCGUGCUCCGCACCCAACCCAUCCCGCCGCUCGAGCGCCUUGGGCUCAUGAGGGUGGGGCGGGGUGGUAGGUAUAGCAAGGCGAGGCAGGCCCCGAAGGAAGCUUUUCGAAAAGAUGUAAAUUGUCGGGCGUCCGUCCGUUUUCUUGAGUCCUCUCUAGCUCGUCUCUGUCAUUAUGAUCAUUCAGGUUUCGUCCCUCUGAACUGCCGACAAGGACUGUACCAUCCUAUCCAAAACAUCGACAUAAAGAUGCGAUCGACUUGGAGUAUUUCUCUCAUGGAAGAGAACAACAAGCCCCAUCCCAAGCCUCAGCCUGACCCUCCAGUACCUGUCCCCGAUAACCCAGAUGACCGGCGGCGAUCCUGA